AUGGUGUUAACGAAAAUAAUUAUUUUCUGUGUAUUUAGUGCAAUAUUUACAAGUGUCUACUGUAAAGUUGCGUUAAGUGAACAGAAAAUUGCGGAUAUAUUAAAUUCAAUAGGUAAAACAGAAGCCAAAGAUGUUAUAAAAAAUGAAGAUGUUACAACGAUAGCAACAGUUGACCAUAUAAUUGGCGGUGAAAAAGCGGUUCAAGAAAUAACAAAUAACAGUAUAGAAGAUGAUACUAAAGAAAACAAGACUAAAAAAGACGAAGCGUCCAAAUCAGUAAAUCAGACGUGUAAAAAAACCGACAGUAGUGAGAUUGAGGACUCCGAAGAAUAUAAUGGAAAAGCCUGUGCUAACGAAACCGAAAAUUUGACUGCCCUUAUACUAACACCUUUUAUUGAACGAGGUCAACUUCAAGAAGCUCGCAACGCAAGCAGAGUUGACCCUCAACUUUUCCUCGGAGUCGAAAGCUACUCAGGAUAUUUCACCGUGAACAAAACGUACAAUUCAAACCUUUUCUUUUGGUAUUUUCCCGUCGAAAAUAAACCGGUAAAUAAAACUCCCUGGAUUAUUUGGCUACAAGGAGGUCCGGGCGCUUCCAGUAUGACUGGACUGUUCGAUGAAAUUGGUCCGUUUACAAUUGAUGCGACAUUCAAAUUAAAAAGAAAUCAGUAUUCAUGGUUGCAAAAUCAUUCAUUGGUUUUCUUUGAUAAUCCCGUUGGGACUGGGUUCAGCUUCACCGAAGACAACAAAGGAUACACUAGAGAUAUGACUACGUAUUCCAGUCACUUGUACACUGCGUUUCAACAAUUUCUUCAAGUGUUCCCCGAGUUGAGAACUGCUCCGUUGUACGUAGCGGGGGAGUCAUACGCCGGGAAGUACGUGCCCUCGCUGGGCGUUGAAAUACACAAGCGUAUGAACAAGCCAGGCGGAGACGUUAAUUUGCAGGGUUUCAUGAUUGGUAACGCAUACGUGGACCCCGCUGUCAUCCUCCAGAUUCCUCGUCCUUUUUACCACUUCGGAUUGUUAGGGAUGGAGCAGAUGGAUAUGGUGAAACCUUUAGUGGACGCCUUAGCGCAGGAAAUAGCCGCUAAUAACAGCAUCGUUGCUAAAACUAAAUGGUUGAACCUCAUAAGUCUGCUAUUAGUGUUGACGCACCAGUCCCACGCCUACAACUUCUUGCAAAACGACCUGAAGCUGGGAAAAUAUGUGCCCUACAUGAACAAGCCGGAAAUCCAGAAGGCGAUACACGUUCGCAACACCAAGUUCGGCUUCGUGAAUAUGACAGUCCACGCUCACCUCGCCUUGGACUUUUUGAGCAGCGGAAAGGGACACUUCGAAACGUUGCUUGAACAUUACAGAGUGUUAGCAUAUUGCGGCCAACUAGACCUAAUGAUGCCAUGUGUUACCACAUCAGAAAACUAUCGUACGUGGAAAUGGAACGGAACUGAUAAGUUCAUCAAAGCACCACGCUUACCCUACAUGUACAGGAAUAAACGUGCCGGUUAUCACAAAACUGGUGGCGGUCUGACUGAAGUCGUGUUCCUCGGUGCAGGUCACAUGGUUCCACUUGACGUUCCAGGUCCAGCCAAAGAUUUAGUCACUCGCUGGACUCAUAAUAAGACACUUAGCAUAAGUUUUCCCAUCCUAGAAGGGACUUUCAUAGGUGACUUUAUCAAAAACAAUUCUAUGUUGCCAUACCUUUAA